CACGGCAGCACCCGCGGAAAAAAAGGUAGAGAUAGUUGAGACACCUUUGCCCGGACGCCAUAAAGCUGCCAUAAGGUCCCUGAAGAACGGAAAUCGAACAACUUUGUCCGUAAGAAUCGUCCCAACAACCGGGAACUCCUCUGGCUUUACUGUCUCGGCCGCCGCUGCCCUGUCUUUAUCAUCUUCGAGCACCAGUUCGUCCUCAGCCCCACCUAUGCCCAACCCCACAUACUUAUCGGCUAGACAAUCCACCGGUUCCUCUUCAUGCUCUCGCUCAUACCAAUCCUUCUCCAAUGUCUCGCCAUCCAUCUUUCUUGUCCUUGCACCCGUUCAAAGCAGGCCCGGUUGUUGAAGACGAGCCCCCUGGAUGCUUCGCUGCCUCAGAAGAAAGCGCUGCACGUGUGACAGCGAGAAAAAAAAAACCCUACCUCGAGCACUAGGGAAAGACCACUUCGAAGUGGCUAAUGAUUUGAAAAAUAGAAAAAAAAUUGUAUUCGUACUUAGAGCCCGUUUGGUAGCACAAAAAUCGGCUAAUUUGGCUGAAGUGGCCACAUUGGCUGAUUCUGCUCAUUUAAGAAAAAUUAAAAUAUAUUUUAUUAAUAAAAUAAAGAAAAAAUUAUAUGUAAAAAUAGUUAAAAUGGUCGUCUACAGUAACUUCAGCCAAAACAGUCAGAAAAAGUAACUCCAAUCUUACUUUUUCUGCUUAUUACACAAUUCAGCGCGCGAAAGCAAAAAUUACGUGUUUGGUGAAAAAGUUGACUGAUAAGCCUGAUAAGCUGAAAAACAGUGGUUCCAAACGGCCUCUUAAUAUAUACGAAGUACUUCGUAUAUACAAAGCAAUGUACUUCUAUAUUACUAUUGCUGUUAAUUCAAUAUACACUUCGUAUUACACAGUGUUACAUAUUCAUGUCUAUUGUUUAAAAAGGUACUACCUCCGUCGCAUUAGAAGGUUCCCGUCCACUAUUAACAUGGUCA